AUGAUUCAUGAGAUUCACAAUCUGAAAUAUCCACCACGCCUUCUAUAUCGAUUUCAAAUUGUGGUGGAAGUAAUCAACAAUGUGAAAAAAUUUAAGGAGUUUAUUUACUCUAUAAAUAAUUUAUAUCAUGUUCCGUCAAGAAGAAAGCUCUCAUAUAAUGUUCUUGAUGAAGUUCAUAUGAAUAUUCAAAUAUUUAUUAAUAAAUUUCUAUAUAAAUCUUUAUGGAUUACUAUUGCAACUGAUGGUUGGACAAACAUUCGUCAAGACUAUCUUGUAAAUUUUAUGGCUAUUG